AUGCAAGAGGAGUUCCAAAAAUACAAGAUAGCCAAGGUGAAAUUGAAGGGCGAUGGGGAUAACUGGCUACAAGGAGAGCAAAGGGGACGUACUCUUAGGGGUAAGGCGUCUAUUUCUACUUGGAGCAAGUUGAAGAAAAGGAUGAGGGAUCGCUUUAUUCCUCACAAUUUCAAGCAAAGUCAAUAUGUGAAGUGGAGCACUUUGCAACAAAAUGGAGAAUCGGCUGAGGACUACAUCAAAGAGUUUGACAGACUUUCUAUCGUGUGUGAAAUCACGGAGAAUGAAGAACUCAAGAUGGGACGUUUCGUGGCUGGGAAGAAGAAAAAGCCGAUUGUCACCCCUCAAGUGGCACGAAGACCAACCUUCCCUGUCAAGGAUGGUUCUUCUUUUGUCAAAGCCAACGAUCCACCUAAGAAGGAAAAGAAAGAUUUCAAAAUGAGUGACAUUGUUUGUUACAAGUGCGGAGGAAGGGGCCAUUUUAAGAAGGAUUGUCCAAAUUCCAGAGCUUUGACCAUACAAGAGGUAAAGCUUAUUGCUAAUCAAACUAUCAAUUGGGAGGAUUUCAAGGUUGAAGAAGUGGAGGACGUGAAUUCUAAUGAAGGGGACGAGGAGGAAGAACAAUGCUUCCCCGAAGAAGAGCCCAAAACAAAUCUGGUUGUGAGAAGGGCGUUGCAAGCUCGCGUUGACGAACCCUUAGCACCGCAAAGGCAACACAUUUUCAUCACCAAGUGCAAGAUUAAAGGCGAGGUAUGUGAUUUAAUUGUUGAUGGUGGUAGUGAGGCAAACACAGUUUCCAAAACCUUGAUAGCUAGACUUGGUCUUACAACGACAAAUCACCCACAUCCUUAUAAGUUGAGUUGGUUGGACUCUAAUUCUAGCACGGGAGUUAGGAAACAAUGCAUGGUUAGUUUUUCUAUUGGGUCUUAUCAUGAUACUCAACUGUGUGAUGUUGUGUCUAUGGAUGCUUGUCACAUUUUGCUUGAGAUCCACGAAAAUUUUGUGAGGCAAAAUCCCAAAUUAGCCCAGUUGAUCAAGGAUUUUGAGGAUGUUUUUCCCGAUGAGUUACCGAAAGAGUUACCACCUUUGAGGGGAAUUGAACAUCAAAUUGACCUCAUUCCGGGUGCUCCUUUGCCUAACAAACCUGCCUAUAGGUGUAAUCCCUUGGAAACUAAGGAAUUGCAACGACAAAUUGAGGAGUUGAUGAGUAUGGGGUAUGUACGUGAGUCUAUGAGUCCGUGUGCUGUUCCUGCUCUUUUGGUCCCUAAAAAGGAUGGUACAUGGCGCAUGUGUAUGAAUAGUAGGGCUUUUAACAAUAUUACUAUCAAGUAUAGGUUUCCAAUUCCAAGACUAGAUGACAUGCUUGAUGAGCUGAGUGGCUCGAAGUGGUUUUCAAAAGUGGAUUUGAGGAGUGGUUAUCAUCAAAUUCGGAUGAGGAAAGGAGAUGAAUGGAAGACCGCUUUCAAAACCAAGCACGGCUUUUAUGAGUGGCUCGUGAUGCCAUUUGGACUCACCAACGCACCUAGCACUUUCAUGAGGUUGAUGAACGAGGUGUUGCGGCCUUUCCUUGGCAAAUUCGUGGUGGUGUACCUUGAUGAUAUCCUUAUUUAUAGCAAAGAUGGGGAUGAACAUUUGAUACAUUUAUUUAAAGUUUUUACGGUUUUGAGAGAGCAAAAAUUGUAUGGAAAACUUGAAAAAUGUAAUUUUAUGCUAUAUGAGGUCACUUUUCUUGGUUACAUUGUUUCAGGAGAAGGUGUGAAAGUUGAUCCUAGCAAGAUUGAGGCUAUUCAAUCAUGGCCUAGUCCAAAGACACUCACGGAGGUCCGUUCUUUCCAUGGAUUAGCUUCCUUUUAUAGGAGGUUCAUUCGUAAUUUCAGCACUCUCAUGACCCCUAUCACCGAGUGCACAAAGAAGGGCUCAUUUGAAUGGACUCCUCAAGCUCAAAAGGCAUUUGAAGUGAUCAAAGAAAAAAUGUGCAAUACACCCAUCCUAGCACUUCCAGAUUUUUCAAAGCCAUUUGAAGUUGAGUGUGAUGCAAGCGGAAAGGGGAUUGGUGUCCACGUUGUUCUACUUGUCAAAGGGCAAAGAUGGUGUUUCACAAAGGUCUUUACAAGCCAUUGCCAAUUCCGGAGAGACCUUGGGAAGACAUAA